CUGAACUCUGGAGGAAAAUGUGUUGAUAUCUAUUGUAUGUGGUUUUAACUUCGCCAUUAUUCAUCAACUCACAAAGACAGGAUAAACAAAAUCGCAGAUGAAUAAAUUGCUCAAGACGUUGUUUGACGCUCUAGUUGAAUUGUGACUUUUAUUUUGACAGCGGAUGAAGUUGUGAUCACACCCGACAGACUGUCGUAUGAUCGAUACUGCUCUGAUAUCAGGAAAUAUUCCGACACAAGGUAUGGCUGUGUGAGUGAUAGAGACGGUUUGGGACAGUCAGGACUGUCGGACAGCUGCAGCGUAACCCCAGAAUCAUCAGUCCGCUCCUCAUGGCCUCAUUGGGGGACACAGCUGAGUUGAAGGAGGGCUUCCUGUGCCCGCUCUGUUUGAAAGAUCUCCAGUCAUUCUACCAGCUGCAGGACCACUAUGAGGAGGAGCAUUCCGGAGACAACAGACAUGUUACUGGACAGCUCAAAAGUCUUGUUCAGAAGGCAAAGAGAGCCAAAGAUAAGCUGUUGAAGCGGGAUGGAGAUGAGCGAACUGAGAGCAUUUACGAGUCUUUUUAUUAUGGAGGAGUUGACCCAUACAUGUGGGAGCCGCAGGAGCUCGGAGCCACCCGCAGUCACUUAGACUCUUUUAAGAUGCACAGAGCAGCACGAAUCGACCAUUAUGUCAUUGAACUCAACAAAUGUAUCAUACGUCUGGAAAAGCUAACCUGCUUUGACAGAACCAGCAUGGAUGCGGCGCAGAUAAGAUCACUUGAGAAAUCUGUGGUGUCAUGGGUGAGUGAUCACGAUGUGCCAUUUUGCCCGGAUUGUGGAGGGAAAUUCAACAUCCGUAACCGCCGCCAUCAUUGCCGUCUUUGUGGUUCCAUCAUGUGUAGGAAGUGCACAGAGUUUGUGCCUCUGCCUCUGGCAUAUAAGUUAACCAGUGGAACGAAAGAGGAUCUGUGUGCUCCGGCCAGUUCGGGUCAGAGCGGUUCUCCUGGAGAACAGGUGAUUCGGCAGAUCCCUCGCCGCGGCUCCAUCAGCAGCAUCUCCUCCGUCACCUCUGUGUUAGAAGAGAAAGAUGAAGACCAUGUGCGCUGCUGUCGGCACUGUAUGGACUCGCUGCUCCGCCAUCAGUGCAAACUGGAGGAGAGAGACCACGUGCCUGACAUUGUCAAUCUCUACGAGAGGUUAAGGACGUGUAUGGAGAAGGUUGAAGCUAAAGCUCCAGAGUACACGCACAUGGCUGAGUCGCUCAAUGCUGGAGAGACGGCCUAUAACAUGGAGAAUGCUGCUGGACUCAGGAUGGAGAUACAAAAAUAUUAUGAGCUCAUUGAUGUUCUGAGUAAGAAGAUUCUCACACUUGGGUUAAGAGAAGAAGUCCAGCCGCACCCAAAAGCUCUCCAGCUGCAAAAGAUGGUGCGCUAUGCAGCUACGCUUUUUAUUCAGGAGAAACUGUUGGGUCUAACGUCCCUCCCCACCAAGGAGAAAUACGAGGAGCUGAAGGAGAAGAGGGUUCAACAGGAGCGGCAGGCAGCCCUGGAGGCACAAACGCGUCGAUCUGAAAAUGAGAAGAACCGACCGGCCCUCAGUACAAACGGGGAUGUUCCUCAUCCUCGCAUGACCAAAGCUGGCAGCUGGCUGCCACAAUCCGACACCCUACACACCCGCUCUGAACUGGACGACCCUCUACUGCAACAGAUCGAAAACAUCGAGUCAUUCUUACGGCAGGCACGCGCUGCAAACCGUACCGAUGAAGUAGCCAUGCUAGAGGAGAACCUACGACAACUUCAGGACGAGUUUGACACCCAGCAGACCAGCCGAGCUAUCGAGCUUUCACAGAAGCUGGCCGAGGAGACGGACCUUCAGCAGAGACAGAUCGAACAUCUGCAUCAAAGAGAGCUUGAGAACAAAACCCACACGAGAACUUCCUCCUUGGAUUUCAGAGACAGAGGAAAUGUUCAGAAACAACAACAAGAGGAGGAAGGUGACUUGGAAGAACAUUUGAUUGAAAACUUGCCACCAUUGGAGAGGCAAAGAGAUGAACAUUCACCGACUCCACCGUCCAAAAACCCGUUUGACAAGGAAGAUUCCUCUCCAGCUGAGGAAGAGCCAAACAGAUCUUUGAACAAAGAGUUGCAGAGGGACCAUAAUCAGACAGCCAAGGGAAAGAAAGAGUACAACCCUUUUCAAGAAGAUGAUGAAAUUGAGAAUCCAGACACCGAUAAGACAUCUGGAAAUCCUUUUGAAGAUGAGGAUGAUGAAGAAGAUAGAGGUAACCCUUUUAAAGAGGGUUCAUAUGAGACUCCGACUGCCUCAAGCAAUCCGUUCGAUGAAGAUGAUGAGGUCUCUGCUAUGGAGUAUAUGAUUGAGGAAGAGUUACUGCUACAACAGAUAGAUAAUAUUCGUGCAUAUAUCUUUGAUGCCAAGCUCAGUGAACGCUCAGAUGAAGUGGAGCUUUUGUCUGAGAACCUGCGGGAGCUGCAACGCACGCUUCAAGAGCAGAAACGAAAGAAAUAG